UUGCAAUACGCGGAAAUGUGCAAAGGAGCAUCCCAUUACGGCCUUACCAAGGAGCUGCCACACUUGCAACUACAGAUUUGUGUGUGUGACAGGCAAAAAAGACAAGGGAGGUGGCAACUUCAGGAUGUGAGACAGAAGCAGGGUUCGGCUCGACACUUUGAACGCUCCACGAUAAGAAGCAGAUCUUUUAAAAAGAUAAACAAGGCUUUCAGUGUUCUUCGAAGGACAAAAAGUGGAAGCGCCGUUUCCAACCAGACUGACCGGGAAAGGGAGACUCUUGGAAAUUCUGUUGCCGGAGAGGAAGGUUUUCCCAGAUUGUAUCACCUGAUUCCAGAUGGUGAAAUUACCUGCAUUAAGAUCAACCGUACUGAUCCCAGUGAAAACCUGGCCAUUAGGAUUGUGGGAGGCAGCGAGACUCCUCUGGGUCAUAUUAUUAUUCAGCAUAUUUAUCGAGAUGGGGUAAUUGCCAGAGAUGGAAGAUUGCUGCCUGGAGACAUGAUACUAAAGGUGAACGGCAUGGACAUCAAACACGUGCCUCACAACUACGCGCUGUCGCUGCUGCGGCAGCCCUGCCACGUGCUGCGGCUCACCGUGCUCCGCGAGCAGCGGUACCGCUGCCGCGGCCUUUCCGCGGACACGCGCUGCGCCAGGGACGACAGCUUCCACGUGGUCCUCAACAAGAGCAGCCCGGAUGAGCAGCUGGGCAUCAAGCUGGUCCGCAGGGCGGACGAGCCGGGGGUCUUCAUUUUCAACCUGCUGGAGGGAGGGGUGGCUGCCCGCGACGGGCAGCUGCAGGAGAACGACCGCGUCUUGGCCAUCAACGGGCACGACCACCGCUACGGCAGCCCCGAGAGCGCGGCCCACCUCAUACAGGCCAGCGAGAAGCAGGUUCACUUCCUCGUGUCCCGCCAGAGCCGGCAGCAGCCCCCGGACAUCGUGCAGGAGACGGGCUGGAGCUACGGCGGGCCCCCGCCCUGCCCCGCCGCCCGCAGCAGCCCUGGCAAGAGUGCCUUGCACGCCGUCACCUGCCACGAGAAGGUCGUGGCCGUCCGGAAGGAUCACAGCGAGUCCCUGGGAAUGACUGUCGCAGGCGGAGCCACUAACCGGGAGUGGGAUUUGCCUAUCUACGUGAUAAGCGUCGAACCCGGAGGAGUUAUCAGCAGAGACAGCAGGAUCAAAACAGACUUUAUGGAGUGGCAGCCCUCAGCUUGGGGAGUGCUGGGGGAAAAGCAGCUUCCAGCUCGCAGGUUCCGGGCUCGGGAACGGAAGGCGCCGGCAGGCUGGGUAGCAGCGCGCUGCGGGCGCCCGAACUCGCGUCAGGAGGAGCCGCGGGCAGCGCACGGCCCCCGCGAGGGCAGCGAGUGGUCGCCCUCCUGGGUUAUGUGGCUGGGGCUGCCGCGGUAUUUGUACAGCUGCAAAGAAAUCAUAUUACGGAGAAAUACAGCAGGAAGUCUUGGCUUCAGCAUUGUAGGGGGUUAUGAAGAACAUACUGGGAACAAACCCUUCUUCAUCAAAUCCAUCGUUGGGGGAACACCAGCGUAUAAUGAUGGAAGAAUUAGAUGUGGCGACAUCCUCCUUGCUGUCAACGGCAGGAACACAUCAGGAAUGAUGCACGCCUGCUUGGCAAGGAUGCUCAAAGAACUGAAAGGAAAAAUUACUCUCACUAUUGUGUCCUGGCCUGGCACUUUUUUAUAAAG